GGUGUCUGCACUGAGGCAGGUCGCCCUUGUGAAGAACAGGGUGCUGGCUACAGUUGGAGAUAAGGAGUGGAUCCCAUAUACCAAGUGGUAUGGGAGUGCUCCAGCUGUGAACAUGCUGAGGGCAUUUGGGUGCAUGGUGGUGUUUCAUGUGCCUAAGGAGAAAAGGGGGAAGUUGGAGGCUUCUGGAAGAUGGGGUGUGCACUUGGGGAUUGCAAAGGAUCACAAGGGGUGGCUGCUAUGGGACUUGACCACCCAGAAGUUGACAGUGUCAAGGGAUGUGAAGUUUCUUGAGUCCCUGUACUACAAGGAAUGGAAGCAGCAGCAACAGAAGCUUCCAUCUACACCGCUCAUUGUGGAGGCAGAUGAGUGGAAGGCGAGUGAGGAUGAGGAGUUCGGGUCCCUAAUUGAGAACGAGACAUGGGACCUGUGUGACUUGCCUCCUGGAAAGAAGGCAAUCACUUCCAAGAUGAUCUACAGGCACAAGUAUGGACCUGAAGGGGAGCUGACCCGCUACAAGUCUAGGCUUGUGGCACGGGGGUUUCAGCAGACAAAGGGGAAGGACUAUGAUGAGGUGUUUGCUCCUGUGGGGAAAGGAACAACACUGAGGGUGCUGUUGGCGAUAGCUGCACUCCUGGGAUGGAAGAUACGGCAGAUGGACAUUGUGACUGCCUUUCUGAAUGGGAUCAUUAUGGAGGAGGUGUACAUGAAGCAGCCAGAGGGGCUGGAUGAUGGGAGCGGCAGGGUCUGCAGGCUGAAGAAGGCCAUCUAUGGCCUUAAGCAGGCGCCUCGUGCAUGGUAUCACAAGUUGGAGGAGGCGCUGUUGGCUGGGGGUUUCAAGAAGAGUGAGUGUGACCCCAGCCUGUUCCUGCUGCAGGAGAAGGAUGAAAUCCUCAUGCUCUUGGUGUAUGUGGAUGAUAUCCUUCUCUUUUCUGCAUCCACUGCUUUGCUGGACAGCGCAGAGCAGAUGCUGGAGAUGCAGUUCAAGUGCUCCAAGAUGGGUGAGGUGAAGUACUACUUGGGGAUGCACGUGGAGAGAGAUGUGGAGAAGGGUGUGCUGAGGUUGCACCAGAGGAAGUACUGUGAGGGGCUGGCUGAGAAGUAUGGGCUGCAAGAUGGGGGAAAGCCAGCAACACCACUACCUUCGGGGUUUACUGUGGAGCCAUGUGCUGAUGAGGAGGUAGUGGGUGAUAGUGACAGGAAGCUGUUUCAUUCGAUGGUUGGGUCGCUGAAUUAUGCUGCAAAUCAUACACGGCCUGACAUUGCAUUUGCUACAUCACGAUUGGCUAGUGUGGUCUCACGCCCUAGUCAUGAGCAGCUGGAAGCGGCCAAGAGGUUGGUCCGCUAUGUGAGUGCUACGGCAUCAGUGGGAUUGGAGUACAAUUCUUGAACUUUGAUUGAACCUUUGAGAUUGAG